UGGUUUUCAGGGAACCAGGAGCUCAGAAGCAUGUCUGGGAAGCCCAGGCUUACCUACCUUAAUGGAAGGGGGCGAAUGGAGUCCAUACGAUGGCUGUUGGCAGCAGCAGGCGUGGAGUUCGAAGAAAUUUUUCUGGAAACUAAAGAGCAGUAUGAGAAGAUAAUCAAAGAUGGAAUCCUGAUGUUCCAGCAAGUGCCCCUGGUUGAGAUCGAUGGGAUGAAGAUGGUGCAGACCAGAGCUAUCCUCAGCUAUGUAGCAGGGAAAUACAAUCUCUAUGGGAAAGACUUAAAGGAGAGAGCCCUGAUUGACAUGUACGUGGAAGGAAUAAUAGAUCUGAUGCAAAUGAUUUUAAUGUUUCCUUUCUCUCCACCUGAGGCAAAGGAGAAAAAUCUUGACUCAAUUAAGGAGAGGGCAACGAACAGGUACUUCCCAGUCUUUGAAAAGGUUUUGAAACAACAUGGCCAAGACUUUCUGGUGGGCAACAAAUUCAGCUGGGCAGAUGUUCAGCUAAUUGAAGCCAUUUUAGCAGUGGAGGAGAAAGUACCUGCUGUGCUGUCAGGGUUUCCUCAGUUGCAGGCUUUUGUAUGAGGAAUGAGCAAUAUGCCUACAAUUAAGAAGUUCCUGCAGCCUGGCAGCCCAAGGAAACCCCCACCAGACGAACAUUAUGUAGAAACUGUGUUGAAGAUUUUUAGUAAAUGAAUGCCUUGUUACUUUCAGUGAG